CAAGAUUAGUGUUGACGGUAGACAGUCUCACCUCGAGCUCUAAGCAAACUAAAAGAAUAUAAGCGAAAUUGCGUAGAGAUCAUCUUGCAUAUACAGAAAAAAGAACAUAUUGCCAUUUCUCAACUUCAAAUUGACAGUAUAUGGAUAAAACAGAAGGCAUAGCAAAUGCAAAAGCAGCUUCUCUGAGAUGGGGAAUCCUUCGUCAAGCUCUCCUUCGUCGUCCUCCUACCCAAAAUUCAGCGGAUGAGCAAUCUAUAAAUGCCACCAAGCGCAUUUCCAGGAAGGCCAGUCACGGCUUCAACUUGAUUCCUAGCCAUCUAGUUGAUAAAGAUCCAAAUUCUAGAGAUGCCUGUGUAUGCUACACGUUACCCAUUAAUGGGUCUCCCAAACUUUUUCUUAACCAAAGGAUGGACAGGCGUGUUGAUCUCAGUGACUUUGAGAUCUCUAAUAGAUACAAUGUUGACAACACUGGGCUUGUCUGUCAUUGGCCAUCAGAAGAAGUCCUUGCUUAUUUUUGCUUAUCACAUGCAGACAUGUUCAGGUCAAAAAGAGUUAUUGAGCUUGGCUCAGGCUAUGGUUUAGCUGGAUUAGUUAUUGCUGCAACUACCGAGGCAUCAGAAGUUGUAAUCUCCGAUGGAAAUCCUCAAGUGGUCGAUUAUAUUCAGCGUAACAUAGAUGCUAACUCUGGGGCAUUUGGUGGUACAAAAGUGAGGACUAUGGCAUUGCAUUGGGAUCAGGAAGAAGCUUCAAAUACCUCUAACACUUUUGAUGUCAUUGUUGCCAGUGAUUGCACCUUUUUUAAGGAGUUCCACAAAGGCCUUGCUUGUACCGUCAAACUCUUACUGAGAAAUGCUGGGACCUCAGAAGCAAUAUUCAUCAGUCCUAAAAGAGGCAACUCACUGGAUAAGUUUCUAGAGGAAAUUGAAGAAAAUGGCUUGCAUUUCUGCGUAACUGAGAACUAUGAUACAGAAAUUUGGAUGCGUCAUCAGGGGUUCAUGAAUAGUGAUAGCUCAUGGCCCGGCUAUGAAAAAGAUCACUGCUACCCUUUACUGGUCAGAGUUAAAUUAUGAACGUUUGAAGCCUUUUAUUCCAUUCACAAUGUGUAUAUAUUUUAUGCAAGGACAUUCAUUUGCUGGUCGGUUGACCCCAAAUGUUAAGGCUUGGAUGGCGAACCAGUUAUUAGUGGUAGGCAACAAUUUGCUUGCCUACGGCACAGUAUGCACUAUUCUAGCCUAGUCUCGGUUGUGGGUCCUAUGAUCACUGAAAUUGCAUUCCUCACCAAUACAUUGUGUAGGUCCCCCUGCUGGUUUAUGGUUUGAGAAGUGAAAAGGAAAGCUUUGUGAUGCUGUUUUAUA